AUAUGGCAUUUCAUAGGUAUAUACAUGCACUACAUAUACAUGUUUACAUGGUAGUUUAUUAAUCAGAGUAUUGUCUUAAUCGGGUUAAUAGUGGAGUAUUGUUGUCCAUGUAAACGCACUGAUUGACUCCCUUCCAUACAGACAGCAAUACACCAUGACAUCAACACACGAUGACAUCACGACCCAUGACAUCAAAUUCUAAAUUACAAAUUUGUUUUGAUUCAAACCGGUCAGUGAUCAUUGUUGUCCACAAAACCUGAGAAGACGCACACAGCCCAACCAGGAGACCAAAUUGUUGUGGAAAUCAUCAAAGAAACACUCACAGACCUCUGACGUCCUCUGAAGAUCUUUUUAGCUGAUAUGGAAAACACUGAUGCAACUUUUGGCACCUUCAUCAACCCCAACUACUUCCCUGGAAAGUUGUGGCGUUUGGUGAACGAUCCCCAGAUUUGCUCAGUCUGGUGGGACGACAGCGGGGAAGGGAUACUUGUUCAUCAGGAAACAUUCGAAGCCGAAGUGCUAUUGUCCCAACCCACACAUUUGUCUGAGUACUUCAGGACAACUGACUUCAUAAGUUUCGUUCGCCAGCUGAACCUGUACGGCUUCAAAAAACAACGCACGAACAUCUCGGACAAGCAGUCGUACAACUCUUCGAUUAAAGCCCAACUGCACCAUUUUCAAAACCCGUACUUCAAACGGGAUAAGCCCGAGCUCCUGCUCGAUAUAAAGCGACGCACGCCUCUCAAUAAGGCCAAGCUCGCCAGCUUAAAGGUGACGGGCAGGACGCCCAGACGUUUCUAUCACGUGAUGCAGAAUUCAGCACAGGAAACCUCUGGCUUAAUGAGAACAGGUUCAGUCUUGCUUGAACAUCAGGGAACCCCUUACCACCAUCCCUGUAAUGUCCCUCAGCAGGAGCAGAGGAGCAACACACCUCAUCACUCACAGUACGGGUUUUACACACCAGGUGAUGAUUUAAUACAUUUUGACCCCUUUAUAAUAGCUGUGAGCUCAGCCUAA